UACAGAAGUAUGCAUAUUCCGUAAGAGAUUCAAAACUGAGAGAUAUCUUAAAAGAUGGUGCCGCUUAUCAUCAUGCUGGUAUGGAGCUGUCAGAUAGAAAAGUAGUUGAGGGAGCUUUUACUGUUGGAGAUUUACCAGUUCUUUUUACUACCAGUACUUUAGCUAUGGGAGUAAAUUUGCCUGCUCACCUAGUAGUUAUAAAAUCUACAAUGCAUUAUGCUGGAGGACUGUUUGAAGAGUACAGUGAAACAGAUAUUCUACAGAUGAUUGGUAGAGCUGGUCGACCUCAAUUUGACACUACAGCUACUGCAGUUAUCAUGACUCGAUUAAGCACAAGAGACAAAUACAUUCAGAUGUUAGCUUGUAGAGACACUGUAGAAAGCAGUUUGCACAGACAUCUUAUUGAGCAUUUAAAUGCAGAGAUAGUACUGCAUACCAUCACGGAUGUGAAUAUUGCUUUGGAAUGGAUACGAUCAACUUUGCUUUAUAUCAGAGCCUUGAAAAAUCCAUCUCAUUAUGGUUUUGCAUCUGGAUUGAACAAAGAUGGAAUUGAAGCAAAAUUACAAGAAUUAUGUUUGAAGAAUCUGAAUGAUUUAUCAUCCCUGGACUUAAUAAAGAUGGAUGAAGGUGUUAAUUUCAAACCAACUGAAGCAGGAAGAUUGAUGGCUUGGUAUUAUAUUACAUUUGAGACGGUGAAGAAAUUUUAUACAAUCAGUGGAAAAGAAACCUUAUCAGAUCUGGUUACACUGAUAGCCGGCUGCAAGGAAUUUCUAGAUAUACAGUUAAGGAUAAAUGAAAAGAAAAUACUGAAUACUUUGAACAAAGAUCCCCAUCGGAUAACUAUCAGAUUUCCAAUGGAAGGAAGAAUUAAAACAAGAGAAAUGAAAGUAAAUUGUCUUAUUCAGGCUCAACUAGGAUGCAUUCCCAUACAAGAUUUUGCUUUGACGCAAGAUACCGCAAAGAUUUUCAGACAUGGCUCCCGAAUUACAAGAUGGUUGUCAGAUUUUGUAGCUGCUCAAGAAAAGAAGUUCACCGUACUAUUGAAUAGUUUGAUUUUAGCUAAAUGUUUUAGGUGUAAACUUUGGGAAAACUCUCUGCAUGUAUCCAAACAACUGGAAAAAAUUGGUAUAACAUUGUCAAAUGCAAUCGUAAAUGCUGGUUUGACUUCCUUUAAAAAAAUAGAAGAGACAGAUGCAAGGGAACUUGAAUUGAUUUUAAAUAGACAUCCCCCCUUUGGAACCCAGAUAAAAGAAACUGUGAUGUAUCUACCAAAAUAUGAACUUAAAGUGGAACAGAUUACAAGAUACAGUGAUACGACGGCAGAAAUAUUAGUGACUGUUAUAUUAAGAAACUUUGAACAGCUACAAACUAAAAGAACAGCGUCGGAUUCUCACUAUGUUACCUUAAUCGUAGGUGAUGCAGAUAAUCAGGUAGUUUAUCUGCACAAGAUUAUGGAUUCUGUUUUGCUAAAAGCUGGAAAUUGGGCUAAAAAGAUUGCUGUGAAGAGAGCUCUUAAAUCUGAAGAUCUUAGCAUAAAUCUAAUAAGUUCUGAAUUUGUUGGGCUUGAUGUUCAGCAGAAAUUUACAGUCUUUUACUUAGAACCCAAGAGGUUUGAAAAUCAAAUGACUAUGCAAAGAAAAUCUGAAACACAGAUUUCCCAUUCUAAACUUUCAGAUAGAUCUACAGUGGCAGGACCUAAUAAAGGAAUGACUGCCAGCAAAAAACUUGGGAACCGAGAAUGCAAUCAUCCUUGUAAAAGUAAACAUACAUGUGGACAUGACUGCUGUAAAAUUGGAGUUACACAGAAGUCAGAAAUUAAAGAGUCAACAAUUUCUUCAUAUUUAUCUGAUUUAAGAAACAGGAAUGCUGUUUCAUCUGUUCCUCCGGUUAAACGUCUGAAGACACAGAUGAAUAAAUCUCAAAGUGUGGACCUUAAAGAGUUUGGUUUUACUCCAAAACCUUCCCUUCCUAGUAUAUCAAGGUCAGAAUAUUUAAACAUAUCUGAAUUACCUAUAAUGGAGCAGUGGGAUCAGCCUGAAAUCUAUGGAAAAGUUAGACAAGAACCAUCUGAAUAUCAAGACAAAGAAGUUUUGAAUGUGAACUUUGAAUUGGGAAAUGAAGUUCGGGAUGAUUUUGAUGAGGAAAACUUAGAAGUUACUAGCUUUUCAACUGAUACUGAGAAGACAAAAAUAUCAGGAUUUGGAAACACUUUGAGUUCAAGUACCAGGGGAAGUAAGCUACCCCUUCAGGAGUCAAAGAGCAAAUUCCAAAGAGAAAUGUCAAACAGUUUUUUUUCAUCACAUGAGAUGUCAGAUAUUUCUUUAUCAAAUUCUGCUAUGCCCAAGUUCAGUGCAUCCUCCAUGACAAAAUUACCUCAACAAGCCGGAAAUGCAGUUCUUUUCCAUUUUCAAGAAAGAAAACCACAAAAUCUGUCACCAGAGAUUGAGAAGCUAUGCUUUACUUGCUCUGAAAAAAAACCAAAGUCUUCAAAUUAUAAAAAAGUGGAUUUUUUUAUUAGAAACAGUGAAUGUAAAAAGGAAGUUGAUUUCAGUAUGUAUCAUCCUGAUGAUGAAGCUGAUGAAAUGAAGUCUUUAUUGGGAAUAUUUGAUGGUAUUUUCUAAAACAAACAAAUGCUUUUAUAUUAAUAAGAGAAAGAAUAAAGACACCUAAUCACAAAGCACGCUUUUCAUUUUUAAAAAGUAGUUCAUAAUUGUUCAGAGUUUUUUCUCCUGAAUUUGAUUAGCUUUGUUCACUUUUUGCAACAAAAUAUAUGGACCGAUUUAUUUUCCCAUUAUAUUGUAACUUCUUGAAAAGCUCUUUUACAGUGGCUUUGUUUCAGUAAGCCCUUAAGUUAAGGGCUUAUUGCACUUAGAAAUAAGUUGCACUUAGAAAUAAUUAUUUGGUUAUUAAUUGGAUUUUGACAAGAACCAAUGUAAAAUUUUAUUUUUAUAUUUUGUUAAGAAGAAAAUAUUCUUUGAAAGCAAAAUAAUGCUAAUGCAAUGAAUCUGCUUAUUGUAUGGAUUAAUCACUAAUAUUAUUCCCAUGUAUUUUGUUUUACUAAGAUUUUUAAGAAUCCAAUGACUAUUUGAACCUACUGUUAUCUAACUUUGAGCAACAAUAAAUGAAACAUUAAUCAGUA